AUUAGGAGUUAAUGCAUUUACCUGUAAAUUGGCAUCGAAAUUCAGCUGUGACGCAUCUUAUUGAGGGUUGAAGCCGAAGUAAAAUUCCCAAAAUAAUAUUCCGUCAACUUUGCAAUAUAUUAUCACAUUCGAAUAAAGACUGACAUUUCAUCAUUACUAUCGGGAAUAUCUUUCCACGGUUUGUGGAGAGACAAAUUUGACCGUCCAUUGAGUUGUGUUGGAGACGAUCGGGUGUAGUUUCCAACAAUUAUAUAAGGGAUAUGGAUUUUCUGGGCCGAUUAGUCGGCUAUUUCAGCUAAGCUGUGCCUUCCGGAUAAUUACCAUUAUCCAUUUGCAAUGCGAUUGUUUUCCAAUCUGAAAACAUAGCAAUUCAAAUCCCACCCAAUCAAUUGCCAAGUCGUCUGCAGUAUAUGCCUGACGGUAAAUCUUGUUCACAGUUAUUAAAAAAUAUAUUUGGCUGCAGAUUGUUUACAUUAUGGAUUGCUUAUGUCCAUAGAAAUGUAAUUUGUCACUAGAAUUACAUUUAAAAUGUUGCCUGAACUGUGUGUAUGUGAAAUAUCAGAUUAAGCUAAUGCUGUGAUUGUGAUAUUUUUCAGAUAAGCAGUACAGCAUAUAGACAUUGGUGUAUUGUUAAUGCUCUCUCUAUAUUUAUGGUAAAACAGAAGUCCAUUCAUUUAGCAGAAUAUCACUUCUGAUCGAUAUUCCGUUUUACAUAAUUACCAUUGAUUCUGCCUGCAUAACGCAGAGUUUUGGAUGGUCGGGAUUUAGAAAGUGAUACAUUUCUUAAACGUACUGAAUGAAACUUGAUUGCAGGACAUCACGGUUCAUUUUGUUAGGGCUUCACAAUGCUUUUAUUUGAUCGUCAUGAGGCACAUUGGCCUUUUGAUUGAGGCACUUUGGUUGAUAGUCCACUGAGGCGUUUUGGGCACUUUACGAUCGGCGAUGAAAGACAUUAGCAGAUUUACCUGGGCAUUUGCUUGUCUUUUAUGAAGAGCAAUUAGCCGAUAUCCUAAUGGACCUCGUAAGAACCUUUCCCCCCCUCCCCCCUCCGCAAUAUGCUGAUUACGGCGAGCCUCAUUGUAAGCGGCUAAAACCAGAGCCCGAACAGAGUUAAGUGGUUUAAACUGUGGCAGCCGGAGCUAAUCCAACCAAUUAUCCUAUGGAAAGCAUAUAAAGCCCAUGGGGUGUUUGGCAAACACUGGAUUUUUUGCGUAAUUCAAGGCAUGUGCUUUUAAGCCUGACCAGACACGGCCUGCAAAGCGGUGGGGAGUGGGGGGGUGAGCAACCGGCAACCAUGUCCGGAGAUGAAGAGUUCUACUUGUUCAAAAACAUCUCCAAAGUGGGCCCCUUGGAUGGUCCGCAUUUUCACAUUGCCACAAAGUGGGCUUUAGACUUCCAGGCCGCGUUCAUGGGCUUCGUGUUCCUGUGCGGGCGGCACGCCACUACAGCCAUCGUUCUGAUUGUCACCGUGAAAUGCAAGAAGCUGCGACAGUCACUCACUUACAUGCUCGUGAACAUAUCGGCGGCAGGCCUCGUUUUCUGUCUCUUCUCCAUCUCCACGGUGUUCCUCUUCAGCACGCAGGGCUAUUUCGUCUUUGGACCCACGGUCUGUGCACUGGAAUCAUUAUUUGGCUCGAUGGCCGGCUUGGUGACUGGCUGGUCGUUGGCGUUCCUGGCAGCUGAGCGCUACAUCGUCAUUUGCAAGCCGUUUGGUAAUUUUCGCUUUGGCUCCAUACAUUCCCUCUUUGCGUUUUGCCUUACCUGGGUGCUGGGUCUCGGUGUGGCUUUGCCACCUUUCUUCGGCUGGAGCAGAUACAUCCCCUAGGGAUUGCAGUGCUCCUGCAGCCCCGACUGGAACACGGUGGGGACCAAGUACGAGAGCGAGUACUGCACCUACUUCCUCUUCGUCUUCUGCUUCUUCGUGCAGCUAUCGAUCAUCAUAUUCUCCUACGGCAAGCUUCUGAACACGCUCCUGAGCCGGUGGUUGCGGUGCAGUAGCAGGAGUCUUUCGAGCACUCAGAAGGCCGAGCGAGAAAUGUCGCGGAUGGUGAUCGUGAUGGUGGGCUCCUUCUGUACGUGCUAUGUGCCCCUAGCCGCAUUGGCCCUCUACGUAGUUACCAACCGCGAUCACAACAUCGACCUGCGCUUCGUCACGGUGCCCGCGUUCUUCUCCAAGGCGUCAUGCGUCUACAACCCCUUGAUCUACUCGUUCAUGAACAAGCAGUUCAGGGCCCGCAUCAUGGAGACCGUGUGCGGGAAGUUCAUCACAGACGAGUCCGAGACGUCCAGCAGUCGCACCGCGGUGUCGUCUGUGUCGACGAGCCAAGUGAGCCCCGGGUAAGCGUGGGUCUAGCGGCACGGAAGAUGGAGGAAGGGGCCGUCGGCUGGAUGCCCCCGUAGAUUGGAGACCUUGCGAGUGGAAACGGAGAACAACGCAAAGGCGAGAACCCUCCGUUGGUUGCACGACAAUUGAACAAGCCGUGUAAUCAACGUCUCGCCUCCCGCAUCAAGGUGUUGCCGAGUUAAUUAGGCUUAUAUCGGUGAUAUUUAUAAAAUCUGUCGGAGAACAUUGAAGCGUGGAUUUUGUGUCGCACAUCUUAGAAAUUAUUCGUAUUGCUAUAGAAGCAGAAUGACCCGUAUGCACUGAGUGUGGGCAUCUAGUUAUGUUUUAUAAAGUUCUGCUCAGACAUAAAUCUAAUAAAACCUGCAUGUAAUGUGAGCGUUUUGCGUCAUUUAACCCAAGUCAGUUGGGGCUAUACAGGAGUUGCGUUCCUUAGAUAUAUCGAACAGCAAUAACUAAUUAAAAACAACGCAAUCAAUGAUUCGUUUUGAAAAGUGUUUUGGGCCUGACAAUGUUUUAUGUGCUAAACACUCGCAUCGCACAACUAUUAUUUUUUUAUCUAAAUGGAACGUGUACACAAAUAGGCCUUCUUUCAGAGCGCAAAUUUCUCAUUUCGUCACCCCAAAGAUCCACGGGGCAUGCAUCGCGCUGCGUUUGUUGUUUUUUGUCGAACAAAGCCCAAGACCCGCAGUGCGUCUAAACUCCUAACUUACUGGCUGUGCACCGCGAGCCCCGUUGGCAAUGUGAUUUAGUGAUCUGCAUUGUAAUUACUCUGGGAGUGAGAUAGUGGAUGUAUGCAACAUUGCUUAAGCACAACGCGCUUGGGCGCAAACACGGGAUGCACAAUGCAAUCAAAU